AUGUUUAAGAAGUUGAAAUCGACUUUGCAUAAGAAGGAUAAGAACAAAGCCCCCGUCGCUGUGCCACAAGUCGAUAGUAUAAUUCAGAAAAGGGUAAGUCGAAGGAAAAUUGUGUUCAUAAAAAAGUAUAUUUCAUAGUUUUCAAUACUUUCAUUUAUUAAUUUUUAAAAUUUCCCCUUAAAAUGCCAAUUUCAGAUUGACCAGUUGAGGACAGUGCGCAACACCGCCCAAGAGUUGAUCGAUGGAAUCCGGAUUAUGUGCACCGCUUUCAACGACGGCACCAAGAAGAACCGGAAUAUUUGUGAAAGCUUUGCGAUCGGAGUCAAGAUUCUAGCCAACCACGUUGGUGCCAAAGAUCCCGAGUACAGUCAGUUCCUGAGCAAAUUGCAAACCAUCUACGACGAGAUCGGGAAGAGCCAACGGAACAUGGUGACCAUGAUCGAGGAGAAGGUGUGCAUGCCUCUGGAGUCGUGGUUAAAGUCGGAAUACCCUCGGAUCGAAGUCCAAAUCGAGACCUUGUACACCAAAAAACGAUACGCCGACGCCAAAACAGCAGAUCCUGUAGAAAACGAAAACAACAAAAAGGACUACGAAGGACAGCUGAAUGUGGUAAAGCACGAACUUCUCAAGUUGUCGCACAUCAAGAUCGAUCAUUGGGAGAAGACGGCCAUGUUCUUCGACAUCAUGAAGGAGUUUUACGCGGAAAUUCAAAGUAUCAUCGAGAAGGUUGGAGCGGACACCUGGACUGGCGAAGGAUUGGAGAAGUUCAAGAAAGGAACGACUCUACAGUUGUCACCAAGCGCAUUGGCAGCUAUCAACGAGAAGAAAGGAGGAACAUCUACUGUUUCGGUCGACAUGUCCACAUCACAAUCCUCGAGAAAGCCAACUUCAAAGAAUCCUGACUACGAGAAUCUGGAAGACCAGUGA